AUGUUUCUCGAUGGACUCAAAACCUGGGUGGCAAGCGCGCCCAUGGAGAUCAUCUUGGUCGUCCCUCAAUGUGAUUACAAGGCCAUGGCAGCAUUGCUCAGGACCCAGCCCACGGGCAAUUCCAAGGUCAAACUACUCACAGUUCCAAGUCCGAGUAAACGUAUGCAGCUAGCACGAGGGAUCGCCGUGGCCAACGGUUCUAUCAUCGUCUUGGUGGACAGUGACGUACACUGGCCGAAGACUCUCUUAGCCAGCCUUCUCGCUGGUUUUCAGGAUCCCCGCGUCGGCGGAGUGGGAUCGCGUGCCAAGAUAUGCCAGGAUGGACGUGCCAAGUUCCAAGGGGGCUGGAUGUCACGACAAAUCAUGCGAAGACGAUUCAUCACGAGAUUUCGACAUAUCUCUGCAACCUUGGUAGCAGAUGGUAGGAUAUCAUGCCUGUCAGGCCGGACAGCAGCUUAUAGAUCUGUCAUCAUCAAAGACAAGGCCUUCCUCGAAGCCUUCACGAAUGACUACUGGGGGUCUGGCCAGCGACUCGAUUCAGGCGACGACACCUUCAUCACUAGCUGGAUACAAGAUAAGGGCUGGUUGGCCGUGCUACAAAUUGCGCCUGAAGCGGACAUUAUAGCAUUCGCAAUGCCAUUUAGGUCGAUCCUUCGGCAAUGGAUUCGUUGGACAAGAAACUCGAAGAGAUCUUUUAUUCGGCAUCUAAUGCAGCCCAAGAUAUAUUGGACUCACCCUUACUUGGCCCUCAAUAUGCUGGAGUCAUUGAUACGUCCUCUUCUAUCUAUCACGUUUAUGAUCGUCGUUAACACCGGCUUUUCAGAGAGGCAUACAUGGUAUCACAUACUGUCUAUUCCGUUCUAA